UUUCCGGGCUGCGCUGUGGCGCGCGAGGGCUACCCAACCCCGCAACCGAGACGUCCAGCUCCUCGGGGGCCUGAGCCCGCGGGACCCGAAGGCGCGUUCGCGGAUGCCAGCUUGGCCACCCCUGACCCAGCCCCAGUCAUGCCGCUGUGUGACCCCUAACCCCAUCGCGACUGGACGGACCGGACCCCCACCCUGGGAACAGCCCUGCCCCUGCUCUGAGUGGGACCCCUCAUCCUUCCCCAGUCUGGUCCUGAAGGCAGCCCCCGCCCCAGGGCCGCGUCCCCUGGCCAUGGCCAUGCGCGGGAAGCUGCUGCCCCUGGCUGGUCUCUACCUGGUGCAGGGCCUGCCCUACGGCCUGCAGUCAGGCCUGCUGCCCGUGCUGCUGCGCGCCCGCGGCCUUUCCCUGACGCGCGUGGGGCUGGCCAGGGCGCUGUAUGCGCCGUGGCUGUUCAAGCUCGUUUGGGCCCCGCUGGUAGACACGUGGGGCUCCCCAAGGGGCUGGCUGGCGCUCAGCACGGUUGCCCUGGGCCUGGUGUGCGGGCUGCUGGCAACCCUGCCUCCUGCCGGCGCCGGCGGGGCCGCACUGCCUGUCCCGGUGGCGGCGCUGCUCCUGCUGCUGAAUCUAGCUGCGGCCGUGCAGGACGUGGCCCUGGACAUGCUGGCCGUGCGGCUCCUGGAGCCAGCCGAGCUGGGGCCUGGCAAUACCGUCCAGGUGGUUGCUUACAAGCUGGGGGCCGCGCUGGCCAGCGGCGGGCUGCUGGCCCUCCUGCCCGCGCUCUCCUGGACGCUGCUCUUCCUGCUCCUGGCCGCCACCUACUGGCUGGCUGCGGCCUUGGCCUGGGUGGCGCCCGCCCUGCGACAGCUGCCGGUACCCCCGCCCUCAGCGAACCCCCGCCCCAGCCUGCGCCUUCAGCAGGACUUGCUGGCCGUGCCUGGGACCCUGUGGACAGCGGGCUUCGUGCUCACCUACAAGCUGGGUGAGUCAGGCAGUAGUACAGGUGAGCAGGGUGCCAGCGGCCUGUUCCCACUGCUCUUGCUGGACAGCGGCAUCUCCACCCCAGAGCUGGGGCUGUGGAACGGUGUGGGCGCUGUGCUGUGCUCCAUUGCUGGCUCAUCCCUGGGUGGGGUCCUGCUGGCCAGGCGUUGGCAGCCACUGCCCCUCCUGAGGUCAGUGCUUUGGUUCCGUCUUGGGGGCCUGACCUACCAGACAGCCCUGCUCUUUCAGCUGAACAGCCCCAGAGCCAACCCCGUCCCUGGCACAGUCCUGAGAGGUGAGGGGUGGGCCACAGCGGGGAGGAGCCUGGGGUCCUGGGCCCUGCUGACUCUCACCCUCCCAGGGGCAGCCCUGCUGAGCCUGUGUCUGCAGCACCUCCUGGGGGGCUUGGUCACAACCACCACCUUCACCAUGAUGAUGCGCUGCAGUCAGCUGGCACCCAGCGCCCUGCAGGCCACACACUACAGUCUCCUGGCCACUCUGGAGCUGCUGGGGAAGCUGCUGGUGGGCACGCUGGCAGGAGCCCUGGCUGAUAGCCUGGGGCCACGCCUCUGCUUCUCUCUCUUCUUAGCUCUCUCAGCCACCCCCAUGCUGUACCUGGGCUUUGCGCCCAGCGCCCUGGUCUGAGCUAAAAGGCUCAACUCAUAAAUAAAGUGGAGUGUGCUUC